AUGGCCGGCUACUUCUGCGCACGCUUCAAUCAGCCCUUCGCUUACUACGGCGUUGGCAACAACGGUACGCUCUCCGAGGGUGCGGCGAGCGGAAACGGCAGCCAGCUCGCAGGCUAUGUCAAGUUCGCGGACAAUACAACGCAGGUGGACGUGCGCGUCGGCGUCUCCUUCAUCUCAGUCGACCAGGCGUGCAAGAACGUGGACAACGAGAUACCCGACGGAACGUCACUCGAAGAGACGGCUCGCGCGACGAGGGCAGCUUGGGCGGAGAAGCUGGACCGGAUUCAGAUCGAGGGUGCGACGGAUGUGCAAAAGACGACGUUUUAUACGGCGUUCUUCCAUACUUUACAGUACCCAUACGAACAAGACGAGGGCGGGAAGUACUAUUCCGGCUACGAUGACGCAGUCCACGAUGGUCCUUCUUACACUGGCUAUUCAAAUUGGGACGUAUAUCGCGCACAGUGGGGAUGGCUGAUCAUGUUCGCUCCCGAACGUGUUCCCGGGAUGGUUCAAAGCAUGAUUCAAGAUUACCAGGAAGGCGGCUGGCUUCCGAUGUGGAAGAACAUCAUCGAGACGAAUAUCAUGGUUGCGACACACGCUGACUCGAUGAUCGCCGAAGCGGUCCUAAAGAACGUGACCGGGUUCGACGUCGAUACGGCCUGGGAAGCAGUCUACAAAGACGCGACUGUACCUCCCAUCGACGAUGCCACAUGCGUGGGUUGGCUCCGGUGA